AUUUUCUCGGAACCUUUUAGAUUUUUAGAAAAUUAAAUGGAACUUCAUAGUUAAGUUUUUUAAAAUAUCUUUAAUUAAUUGUGUAAAAUACGCUAGUAGUCAAUUAUGCAGCAAAACAAAUGGAAGUAACUUGUCAUGAGUUAGCUUGUUUUGUUGGUUAAUUAAACUAACUGAGUUAUAAAAGAAUAAGAGAGAAGAGUGUGAGAAGGAAAUAAACUCUAUCGAGUUUAUUGUAGCUAAAACAAAGACCCUGAGAAAAGAGAGGGAGAGAGAGAGAUCGAUUGAAUUCUUUAUGGGUUUUCUCAUGGCUGCUCUGAUGUGCUUCAACCUUCUUGCCUGGCCUCUCUUUUCACUGGGGUUUCCUCUAUAUGCAUCAGUUAGGGCAAUCGAGACAAACUCCAUUCAAGAGAUGAGGGCUCUGGUGGCAUACUGGAUUCUCUUCUCUUUGAUUUCAAUCUUUGAGCUUGCUUUUGGGAAGCUCAUUCAAUGGCUGCCAUUCUGGCCUUACAUAAGGCUCAUAAGCAUCUGCUGGAUGGUGCUACCCCGGUUCAAUGGUGCUUGUUAUGUUUACGAGCAUUUGAUACACCAAUGGUUAUCUAUUAAUCCACAAGAACUUGUCAAACUAAUCGUUAGGCCCAAAAAGAGCACAUCCUUGGAUGCAGAGAGACUUCUAUCAAUGGCAGAGAAGUUUGUUAAGGAGAAUGGACGUGAAGCUUUGGAGAAACUCAUUGCGGGGAAGCCCGAGCAUAGGAAUCCAGACGGUGACAUGGAAGAGAUCAAGGCAGUAACAAAUACAGAGGAAAAAGGAACUGCUGCAGCAAUGCUGAAAGCGCCUAAUGCUGUAAAAGGCAAUGCCAAGGCGGUGGAGCUAACAGCAAAAAACUCUGAUGCUGCAACAGACCGAUCUCCACCAAAAGUGCCUAAUGUGGCUAAGGAGAAUGCCAAAGCAGUGGAACUAAAGGAGAAAGAUCUAGCUGCAACAGAAAGGUCUCAACCGAAAGGGCCUGAUGUGGCCAAGGAGAAUGCCAAAGCAGGGGAAGUAAUGAAGAAAGAUCUAGCUGCAAUAGAAAAGGAUCGUCCAAAAGAGCUCGAUAUGGCUAAGGAGAAUGCCAAAGCAGGGGAAGAAAAGGAGAAACAUCCAGUUGCAACGGAGAGGGUAACAACUGAUGUCACAUUUGGCAGUAUCCUUUAUCCAGUUGCUACAGAAAGGGUAACAACUGAUGUCACAUUUGGCAGUAUCCUUUAUCCAGUUGCAACAGAAAGGGUCAAGUAUGUUGAACCAAAUCUCGCUCAAACGGAGAAGAAAACAGUUGCUUCCAGGGAAAUCAAAGAGAAGACAACGCUGGCCGAGAAGCAAGUGAUGGAGGAACUGGCUUCUUCGGAGAAAGUUCAGAGAGAGUGGACCUGUGCUGUUUGUCAAUUUACAACCUCAUCUGAGCAGAACCUGAGCUCACAUCUUCGGGGGAUGAAGCACAAGGCCAAGUGCGAAGAGGUGGAAGCAAGCAAAAACAAGAGAGGUUCAUCUUCAACAUCUGGUUGGGAGCACAAAAAGGCAAAUUCCCGCGACAAUCCGAGCCCAAGUAAGCCUAAACAGAAUAUUCAUGAGCUAUGGUGUGGGAUUUGCAAUGUUAGCUGCACCAGCCAGAUAGAUUUGGAGUCGCAUCUGAGAGGGAGGAGGCACUUGCUCCAGUUUCAGGAAACUUUGGGCACUUGGGGCGGAUGGGAUUGAUAGGGUUAGGAAAGCAGUUUGAUUGAAUUGUAACUCUUUAACGUGGAGUUCUAAUGGUUGGGAUAGAAUGUUAAUUACGUCCUCAACAUGGAAAUGUUCACUUUUUUUUUGGUCUGUUCUGGUAAGCUUAUGAAACAUGGACAUGGCUGUUGCCUUUGAUAUUUGUCCCUAUUUUGGUUUUUUUUUUUGGGUGUAAUAAUUUAAAUUUUUUGUUAUUUUAAUUAUAUUUUUAAGUCAAUUU